AUGCCACGACAGAUUAAAAAACGUUCAAAGACCAUUGAAUCCCGUAAAGUUGAUCCUUUGGUUAAUGAUAUCAUUCAGGCCCCACCUGAAAUUAAACUCCCUUGGCCACCUGCCGUUACCGCGGAAGAUUUCGUGCGAAACAGACCUAAAACAAAGAUUGACAUCAAGAGCCCAAAUUCAUUUUUCGUUUAUAGGGCAGCCUUUGUUAAACAACUGUUAAUUGAACAGCACAAGUUUAAAAUGACUCAAGUUUCCAAGUGGGCCAGCUCCUCAUGGAAGAAUGAAAGUAAAGAAGUAAAGGAGACUUACAAAGUAAUGGCUCAAAAAAUCGAUAAAGAAUUUCAAGAAAAAAGAAAAGCGAUUAAAGGUUAUCGAAUUGUUUGCGAGAAUUAUGGUCAAAAGUCAAUAGAAGAAGACCCUCAAGAACAAAACGAUAAUCCAAUUCCCGAUUUAAUAACCUGGCAACCACCAAAUUAUCCAGAAUAUUUUCCAUACAUAAUAAAUAUGACCCCAGUCGCAUCUCCUGGAUCUACGUCAUCAGAUACCUACGAAUCUGACAAUACAAUCAACAAUAGUCCAAUUAGUCCGAGAAGUACGGAUUUCUCGUUUUACGAAAAUCACUUCAAUUUUAAUAACAAUACUGACCGUGUUUAUUUACCAACGAGUACAUCUUUCACCGGUAAUUUUUGCGCAUCAAUUUUCACCGAUGUUGUUGAUCAUGACAAUUCAGACGAUUCCCAAACCAAUAUCGAAGAAUCCGAAUAUUAUAAUCCUGCCGUUUGCAUUGUAUCAGAAACUCCGGGAUGUUUUAUUGAGGAUCAUUAUAAUGAUUACUUAUCAUGGAAUUGA